UCAAUCAUUUUGGGAUCAGUCGCAUUCCUCACGUCCUGUGAUGCACAGCAGUGUUGUCCGGGAAGGCAGCUCUCUAGUUUUUUGUCCCGGUCACUGAACAGGUGUUUCAGUUGCAGGAAGUAUCGACACAAACACUGGGAUGCUUCGUGUAACCUAACAUCAAGGGUACUUGUACUGGAGCAAACAGACCACCAGAGGUUAUUUAUUUCAGAUAAUGGUUUGCUGAACCGGGAUCGCAUCCCAUCUCCUCAAUAUGGAGAUAGCUGUAGCCAAAAUACUUUGCCUGCUGGGGGUCUUUGCCCUCAUGCUGGGUGGGAUCCUCAUCCCUGUUCGGGUGAUGCAGACAGAGUUUGAUAAAUUUGGCAGGUACAGAAAAGUGGUUUCGUUCAGCAAUUCUUUUGGAGGAGGUGUUUUCUUGGCCACCUGCUUCAAUGCCCUUUUACCUGCGGUCAGAGAUAAGGUGGGGGAAGUCUUGAAAAUGCUAAAUGUGUCCACGGACUACCCGCUGGCGGAGACGAUGAUGAUGCUUGGCUUUUUUCUAACAGUAUUUGUGGAACAGGCCGUGCUUACAUUCCGCAAGGAAAAGCCUUCAUUCAUUGACUUGGAGACCUUUAAUGCAGGUGGUUCGGAAGCGGGGAGCGAUUCUGAGUAUGAUACCCCAUUCAUUACACCCACUCGUGGGUCGUCCGGAGCCCAUCAGCGUCAUUCUCAUCACCACGGAAACUUCAGCCCUUCGGAUCUGACGCGUGCUGGCCCGUUGAGGUUAGCUAGUCUUGUGCUGGCGCUUUCUGCUCACUCUGUCUUCGAGGGUCUCGCGCUGGGCCUUCAGGAAGACGGGGCUAAGCUAGGAAGCCUCUUCAUUGGAGUGGCCAUCCACGAGACUCUGGCGGCCGUGGCUCUUGGGGUUAACGUAGCCAAGGCAGGAGUGCCCAUACUGGAUGCUGUUAAGCUGGGCGUAACAGUGAGUCUGAUGAUUCCUAUGGGCAUUGGGAUUGGCAUGGGUAUUGAGACGGCCCAGAACUUGGCGGGAAGUAUUAUCUCUGUAGUGCUCCAGGGGCUGGCAGCCGGCACAUUCCUUUUCAUUACGUUUUUUGAGAUUCUCUCAAGAGAGCUGGAGGAUAAACACGACAGGCUGCUAAAGGUGCUGUUUCUUAUCAUGGGCUAUGGUAUACUAGCAGGGCUCAUCUUUAUCAAAUGGUGAAGAGGUUUGAAAGACUGAGACACAUUUCCAAGUGCAUCAACUGUUAAACAUGCCAAACGUUAUUUUCAACAUGUUCAGUAUAUUUACUGUAAAAUGAUUGAUAUUCCAUAUAGCGUUUUAUUACUAUUUAUUCCAAACAGGGUAUAAAACUACAUUUUAUAUGAUUUUAACAGAUUGAACAUUUUUGGGGGUAACAGAAAUAGCACAUAUUACAGCAGUUUCAUUCAUUAUAUCAUAAGUCUGUUUCUCAUAAAAGGGUCUGAUGUUAAAAGAUGUACAUCUGUUACAGACACUAAACAUUGCCACUCCAUUUUGUAUCCGUUCUUCAUCCAGUUACUGUUUGUGUGGAUCUUGUAAAAGUCUCUUUUUUUGGAAUGUCAAACAUUUUGUUUGAAAUGAUUUGCAUAGGAAUGUAAGUUCAAGAUGAGGUGUGAAUAUAAAAAGAUGCAGUUGUUAUUGAGAUAGAGAAAUUUGUCUCGGAUAAAUUGUGUAACUAUGAAAAUUGCUUCGUAUAGAAGAGCUUUACUGGUGGAAAUAGAAGCUUUGAAGUCACCAUGAAACGGAAGUUGUGAUUGACACCCCGAAGUGUGACAUAUUAUAUUCGCGUGUGAUGCCUUCUGGAAUUAGAAAAAUAUAGGGCGGGGCUUUAUUUUGGCCUUCCUUUUUGAUUGGUUUGUUGGAAACAAACCUGCACUAGAGGGCUAAAAAUGCCAGUCCUAAAAUUUUUUGUUACUUACGUCAUGUUGUGAACAGUUGUUGUUGAGAGGCGGAGAGGAGCUUAAUGUUUUUGAUUAAAGAUCACAAGUGAAAUUAAUACAAAUAAAUAAUGAGUGUGAAUAAUGUGCACUGAUGAAUCAUUUAUAAUAAUCAAUUCAACACUGUGUAAAUACUUGGAAUUGACCUCUUUGAUUUCAUGGUGACUUUAAUAGUUUGGGUGUUUUUAGUAACGGAAGGGAAGUGUCUAAAAUUGCGUUUGAGAGACUUGUUUUGUUGUGGAUAUAGUCAAACCAAAAAUUGUUCAGACACCAGAUAUCAUUUUUGAUAUGUUUACUUGUGGGUGCAGGAUGCUUAAUUUAUUUAAGUGAAGAUCAGUUAGAACAGCAGAUUACCAGUAAAAUGUAUACAACUUUUUUUUAUAUUUAAUUUCUAAUGCAACCUUUUAACCCCAAAGACUGAACAAAAUGAAGCAUUGAUUGGUAAUUAUUUGCCCUAAAUUGAUAUGAUCUAAUUGUGGAUUCAAAUGUAACACCUGACAGCUCUAAUCCGUUACGUAUCUUUCUCUCAAAGUUAUCUGACGCUAUCAAGAUGAAUAUGAACUCUUGAGUUCUUGUAAUAUUUUAUCACCAUUUUCUAAACUAUAGCGAAUUAACUGUGAUCAUAAAUCUUGAAGGUGUCUGAAUAAAUGUAGUUUUGACUGCAUAUGGUGGAUUAUGUUGUGGAGUAAACAACCAUGAUUAUCAUUUUAAUUCAGUUUGAUUAUUCGCCCAUUAAGGCUUUAUUUUUCUGUCUUUCCAUUUUUUUUUCAUACACAUAAAUCAUGAUUUACUCCCAUAUGUAAAAGUACAAAGAAUUAUUUAAUGUAGUCCACUUGAAAUGUACGGCUUGAAUGAUGCUAGAAGUCAGGAAGAGUCUUAGUAGCAAGUUGAUGGGAAUUGUUAUGGAAAUAGCACGAAUACUGAAUUUACCCAAAGUGCAUCUCAGGUAACUGAACCUUUUUAUUGUGUAUUUAAACAAUCUUUGACUGUGUCAAUGUCCUAAAUUAAUCUGUGGUUGUUUUUCUUUUCUCUUACAUUUUUGAAGCCACAAUUUAUCUUCAGUUGGCUGACUUUUGUUUGACAUGUUUAUGCUAUUCAACAAAAACCUAAUAAUCCAAAUCAAUGGAAUCCAUUAGUUUUUUCUGAUGAAUGAAGACUUUUUAUUAGUUUGUCUCUGUGAUCUUUUACAAGUGCUGCAAACCUUUUCUUUAGAAAUGCUGGUCAAUCAAUCAUGUAAUUUAAUAAAACUGUUUAAAUCAUAA